CACCUGUUAUUAAACUUCUUUCACUUUGCAAUUCAAGUUUAAGAACCCUAAAAAUCAUAGGUCCACGUUGUAAAGAUAAAAUUGAGAAAAUUUUUGAAAUAGCUUUUGAAAGUUGCCCAAAUAUUGUGGAUUUUUCACUUGGAUUAAUUUCAUGUAAUCUGGAUUAUUUAGAGAUUUCUUGGGUUUCAAGCUUGCAAUACUUGAUACUGUAUCAAAAUCACUUUGUUGUUAAUUUAAAAAAUAUGAAAUUAGGAGAUUAUUUAGAAAAACUAACAAAAUUAUUGCCUAAGUAUAUAAAAGAAGUUAAAAUGUGGAUGAUUUUGCAAUCAGGUUAUGAGGGUGAAGUAACUUUAGAUGACUUAAGUAAAUUCUUUAGUAAUAUUAAUAUCAGAAACUCAUUUGUCCUUUUAGAAAUUCUUAUUCCUUAUAAUGCGCAGGUGGUUUCUAAGAGUAUUCAAUUUGAUGAAUUUGGAAAACAAGAAGAAAUCGGAA